CAUAGGUCUCUUCUUUUAUUUAAAAAAAACAGUGGCUCACUAGCUCUUCUACAGUCUGAGAAAUCGGUUCCGAACUCUCCAAAAAAGUGAUUUUGAGAAAACCAAUCAACGAGUUUGUAUGAAACAAUUUUUAAUUUCACUAUGAUUGUCACGACCUCUAUACGGCAAUUUCAUCAAGUAUACAGGAUUUUAAGCAGAAAUGACUACGUUCCUCUAAUUAAUUAAUAUAGCAGAACGUAUAUGUGUUUUUCUUUAACCAAAAUCUACAAGUUUGUUGACCAUUGCCACAUCUCCCUAACUAAAAAAAAUUCUGAUAAAACCUUAUAUUUCUACCAGUGCUCCCUGAAAACCGCUAUUUUCACCACUCAAAACCUUUCAAAAUGCAACAAAUCAUACAUAAUCUGAAAGAGGACACUUUGGGCUUUCAGUAUAUGUGCUUAUCUAAAAAUCGAUUUUUCUGAAAAAAAUCGAUUUUCUGAGGGGGGGGGUUCCCCCUUCACAGAUUAAUUUUAUUAAACUCUUCAAUAUUUAUAUUAUAAUCAAAUUGCGAGACAACGUUUUCAAAAAUUGAACUUGGGACAGAAGAUCAAAUCCACAUAAGUGAUUCAAUGUUCUAUCAGAAUCUAGUGAGAAAAGUUGCCGUCGUGACCCCAUUCUAGUUGUUGCACGUCUCAAUCAUGCAGGAUUCUCCUAACGAAGUACCCGAUGCAUGAAAGAAGUAGUAGAGUAGCCACCGUCGAGGCAUUUUCACCAAAUGACCCGCCGAAUGCGUAAAUGUUCCAUAGCAAGAAACAAUCACAUUAUUUACAAUCAGAUUGCCUUCCAUGGUUAACGGAGCAUAAGCAUCAAAAAGCGUAAUAUUUUUAAUAUGAGUAACUUUGAUCUUAAUAAUAGACUGAUAAUCUUUAGUUAUCCAAUGUAAAUAGUCUCCGAUAUUGACUUCUGACCCAAAGAGAUAUCUCGCUUGAGACUCGUGUUUUUUUGUUACGAGUAACGAAUGUGUUGGAGUGAUGUGGAGUGGACCUGUCGUGUUGCUAGUCGUAGUGUGAAUUUCUAGGUAUCGAACAGGCGAAUCAUGAUUAUAUUUUUGAUAGACAUCCAGACCAAGUAAUGGACUCGACCGAAACCGGAAGCCAUUAUCCCCAGUUGCAUAAGCAACGAGUAUUCGAUCACCUAUUUUUAAAUCGCACAUUUUUACAAGUGAGCCAUCGUGUUUCAUUACCAGAGAACUACCGUCAAAGCAAACUGAAAAAGAAGAGAAACUAUCUUGGAGCAGUAAGUAGUUUCGAGCAUUGGAGAUACAAGAAAUCUUUGAACAACAACAAAUGCAUCAUUUCUGAUUCUACUCUCAUAAAAGGUUCCGAAAUGUUCGUGGCAGUUUUUCAGGAAAAGGUUCUUUAGAAAAUUCUCUGGAAAGAAAAAUAACCACCUUCAAAACUACAAACAAACAGUGCAAAGCUAUCGCGACAUGAACAGAAGAAUUGGACAUUAUCUGCGUGAAAACUCAACGCACUAGUUUUGAUAGUGUGGGAAAUUCGCUUUAUCCCAAGUUACAUACGCAUGAGACCAGGAGAUCAGCUAGAAAGUGAGGCUGCUUUUUAUUUUCCUACGAGUUCUUUUGUGAAACACGAUCUGAAAGGAGUGUUGAAGUGUUUACGGGUCGAAAUUUGCACCCACACCCGCCCCUCCCCCCACUCACCGUGACAGAGAAAAUCCAUACCCAUCGCUGACCGUGACAGAGAACCCCAGUACCCAUCACAGACCGUGACAGAGAACCCUGGUACCCAUCACAGACCCCGACAGAGCAUCCUGGUACUCAUCAUGGACCGUGACAGAGAAAAUCCAUACCCAUCGCUGACCGUGACAGAGAAUCCCAGUACCCAUCACAGACCGUGACGGAGAACCCUGGUACCCAUCACAGACCGUGAAAGAGAACUCCGGUACCCAUCGCAGACUGUGACAGAGAACCUCAGUACCCAUCACAGACCGUGGCAGAGAAUCCUGGGUACCCAUCACAGGCCGGGACAGAGAAUCCCAGUACUCAUCACAGACUGUGACGGGAAACCCUGGUACCCAAUCACAGACCGUGACAGUGAAUCCCGGGUACCCAUCGCAGACCGUGACAGAGAACCCCAGUACCCAUCCCAGACCAUGACAGAGAGUUCCGGGUACCCAUCACAGACCGUGACAGAGACUCCUGUUACCCAUCGCUGACCGUGACAGAGAACCCAGGGUACCCAUCACAGACCCCGACACAGAAUUCCGGGUACCCAUCACAGACCGCGACAGAGAACCCCAGUACCCCUCACAGACCGUGGCAGAGUAUCGGGGGUACCCAUCGCAGACUGUGACAGAGAACUCCAGUAGCCAUCACAGACCGUGACCGAGAUCCCUGGUACCCACCACAGACCGUGACCGUGAACUCUGGUACCCAUCGCAGACCGUGACAGAGAAUCUUGGUACCCAUCACAGACCCUGACAUAGAACUCCAGUACCCCUCGCAGACCAUGACAGGGAAUCCCAGGCACCCAUCAUAGACCGUAACAGAGAACUCCGGUAUCCGGCACAGACCGUGACAGAGACUCCUGUUACCCAUCGCUGACCGUGACAGAGAACCCAGGGUACCCAUCAAGACCCCGACAGAGAAUUCCGGGUACCCAUCACAGACCGCGACAGAGAACCCCAGUACCCCUCACAGACCGUGGCAGAGUAUCGGGGGUACCCAUCGCAGACUGUGACAGAGAACCCCAGUAGCCAUCACAGACCGUGACCGAGAUCCCUGGUACCCACCACAGACCGUGACCGUGAACUCUGGUACCCAUCGCAGACCGUGACAGAGAAUCUUGGUACCCAUCACAGACUCUGACAUAGAACCCCAGUACCCCUCACAGACCAUGACAGGGAAUCCCGGGCACCCAUCAUAGACCGUAACAGAGAACUCCGGUAUGCAUCGCAGACCGUAACAUUGAAUCCCAGGUACACACCACAGACCGUGACAGAGAAACUGUAGUUGUAAAGCAUCAGGUAAACGGUUAGCUACAAAUGUGUCGCAAAGAAAUGGAAGAAAAGAAUUUCCAUUUAAUUAGUAACAAUAGAUCCGUCGUGUUUCACAUUUUUAAUCCCGCAAGGGAUUGCGCUAACAGCUUUGUUUACCAGCUGUAGACGUAGAGCAUAAAGAUACGGCCCAUGUAAUCAGCUCUCACAACAGUCUAGGGACGCUAUUGGGAAAAUGACAUCUAGAAACUAAUAAUUUCGUUUGAAAAAUGGCAAAAAUGCUGAAUGUUUGUGUGUGCACAUGCGAGCCUUGUCAUUAUAUAAGCACGCCCACACCUUCUCCCUUUGCCCUUUGUAGUGAUUUAUGAAAUAGAUGUUGGUCGAUAAUUGUGGGAGUUGUAAGGAUACAUCAAAAUUCCUUGGCAAUUGUUGCUACAAAGUGUUAAGAUACCUUGGUGUGCGUCUGCGGAGCUAGGGGCUCUUACAGCGCUAGUUGCAGUAGUAGUAGUCGUUGUUGUAGUGGUGGUUGUUGUGGUCGUUGUUGUAGUGGUGAUUGUUGUAGUGGUGGUUGUUGUGGUCGGUGUUGUAGUGGUGGUUGUUGUGGUCGUUGUUGUGAUGGUGGUUGUUGUGGUCGUUGUUGCUGUUGUUUUGGUAAACGUAAAUAUGUCAGAAAUGUGUGGUGUGCCACCCUUGGUGAUGAAAACUACAACUAUUGUGAUCAGGAGUGA